AUGGUGGAGCCGCUGGCGGGGAUGAGGGGGUGCAUCCGCUCGACGCAGGGGCCGUGGACGGUGCGCCGGCGGGACCGGGGCGGCGGGGUGACCACGUCGCUGAGGCACCCGACGCCCCGGGAGCGGGAGAACAACCGGCAGCGCGAGCGGCGGCGGCGGCAGGUGGCCGCCAGGAUCUACGCCGGCCUGCGCGCCCACGCCGGGUACACGCUGCCCAAGCACGCUGACCAGAACGACGUGCUCCGGGCGCUCUGCGCCGAGGCCGGCUACCACGUCGACGACGAGGGCAACGUCACGAUCCUCCAGCCUCCCGACGGCGCCGCAGGCCCUAGCAGCAGCUCCGGUCAUCAGAAGCCUUCCUCCUACAGUGGAACAACAGAGGCAGUGACUCUGCAGCAGCAGCAGCAGCAGCAUAGGGAGGAGGAAGUGAAGCUGUCACUCGAGCUCACCCUUUCUUUCACCUACAUGUAA